CAAGGGUCAAACAACCAACCAAAGUACUUUUUUCUGAAGACUCGUGCGUGGUGUUCGUCGUGUAAAAUACUGCUCUUUACAGUUCUAAAGAAACUGAUAUUUUUCUGAAACAGUGAGAAUCGACGGUAAGUUGGAAAGAUGAGUUCACAGAAGGGAAACAUGAAGAAAAAACAGCAAAAGUAUCAGAAUUCUAUGGCAUUUAGGAACGACAUGCACGACACGAGCCAUCAAACGAAAGCUCUGAACAAGAUGACCGUUGGUGGCGUGUGUACUCGAUGUAAAGAACAAAUCGAGUGGAAGAUUAAAUUUAAGAAAUACAAACCUCUGAAGCAGCCCAAGAAAUGCACCAGAUGUGAAGAGAGAUCAAUCUGCAAGGCAUAUUACAUCUUAUGCAAACCAUGUGCUGCAGCUGCCAAUGUCUGUGCCAAAUGUGGCAAAAAUGAAGAAAUUGUCACUGAACAUGGUCUCUCGCCAGAUGAAGAGGCAUCCCAGGCAAGCAACUUAGAGGGGGAGCUCAGGUACCUGUCUGAAAGACAGAGGAGGUCUUUCUUCCGCAGUCAGGAGAAGGGAGGACAUGAUGGAGGCAGUGCCAAGGAGGCCAGAAGUAUAAGCAAGGAGCAAGAAUUGGACGAUGAGGAUGAGGAAGAUGAAGAAUCUCAAGACGAGAGGACUACUGACUCGUGAAGAUUGUUCUGUGUCGUGGUCGAGCGGUCUUAUCAUCACAGUGUGGUUUUGACCUGGUCGUGACACAGGGAUGAGAAAUUACAGACAUUUAUCUGAACUCGGACUUUUUAAGUUCUCUGUGAUCUACUUCUGUAGUGCUGAGGACAUUGUUCCUAAAUGUUCUGUGAAAUCUAAACCCUAGGGGUUACCAAAAGGUUGAAAUGCAGUCAUCUUCCUAAAAUGUGGUUCCUAGUUUCAGUCUUUCCCAGGACUUCACAGGGACUCUCACACCUAAAUUUGUUGAUUGAGCAAGGCACUUAACCAUAACUGCUUCUCAUCUCCCAGGUGUGUAAAAGGGAACCUGAGAGGGCUGAGACAGCAGUGUGUUGGAUUAACCCAUUGGUGCAAGCAGCUUGGGAUUGUAUGCUCCUCAGGGAGUUAAAUAAGGAAUGGAAUGGAAUGGUCUAAAAGUGCGCCUGGUGAACAGUAGACUUGUGGACAAGUCAUUAAAUUAUCCCACGUGAUGAGAUAGUCGAGUUGUGGCGGUCACUGCUUGUGCACUUACUAGUGGUUGCCAACUUCUACUCAAAUGGGACCCUAGUCAUGAGAGCAGUAGUUUUGCGGGGCCACAGCACUCUCAGGAGAAUAGUCAGAACGCAAUCACCGUGACAGACAUUUAACGACUUGUCCACAAGUCUAGGUGAACAGGGAUUAUUAUGUUGUAAAAGCACCUUGAUCUACAUGUAGCUUCUAGGAUAUGUGUGCUGCACUAUAUAAGAACCAAAUAUUAUUAUUAGUUUUAUUAAAGGUACCACAUAUUAUUGUGGAUUCAUUGAGAAAUUUCUAGCCAUUCAGAACUGGAGUUACUCACAAAUAGAUGUGAAAUCAAUGUUUUAAAGAAUGAGAAACUUAAAGCCAUUAUACACUUUUGGUACAGAAAAAAAAAAAGUUCACAGAUUUACAAAUAAUUUACAGG